CAUCGAUGACAGAAGAAGAAGACGCGUAUAGAGCCAGCUCAUGUGCUCUCAGUUUGUGGUGAACAUAAACGAUCUUGCUGGAGUGAGACUUUUAAUUAUAUAUAUAUUUUCAGCUGAUUUACUAAAUUUAAGUUCUUUGAGUUAUUUUGUCGCAAAGCAAAUGCUGACGAAGUGAUUCUCUUUCUAAUCUCGGUGUGCUUCACCCUGGAUGGGUUGAUCAUCCAUCGCAGAGCCACAUACACGGACGGCCUCGCACGCUCUUCUAAAAAACAUUUUAAUCUUUUUUGGUUUUUCAGCUGCUCCCUUUAUGGGUGAUCAUCCACCUCCAUCUAAAAUGUUUCUUCAUCUUCUUCAUUCACUCCAGCUACCUUCAUGUUGUCCUUCACUACACCUCUUUGGUCAUCCUCUCUUUCCUGGUUUCUCCAACCUCAACAUUCCUUAACCAUCAUCAUCAUCAUCAUCAUCACUGUUCCUCUUCUUACCGUGUCCAAACCCUCUAAAUCAUUUAACUCCAAAACAUCUGUCAUAAUCUGUUCCAUUGAUGGAUUAAUUCCUGAUCCUCUCCAUCCUGGUUUCUCAAAGAAAACCUCAAGAUCUUCAUCUUUGCGACCUCCAGAUCUGCCUCCAGUCUCUAAACUAACAACAUGGCUGCUCUCACCACAGUCUUCCACACCUUUCCAUUUAUUCUUGAUGACACCCUUUAGUCACACAUCCCACCUCUAACCUUCCUCCAACUGUUCCAACCUGCUUGCAGACGCGUCUUCACCCCUUUCCAACACCAUCUGCUGUUCUGGACUGUUGACUCUAAGAACUUAAAGUCCUCCACCUUCUCCACCUCAGCUCAAUGUAACCUCACCGUUCCACUUCAUAUCCUCUCAUUCACACGCAGAUAUUAAGCCUUGCUGCAGCUGACUUUGAUUCAUCUCCUAUCCAGGGCAAGCCUUCCCCUCUCUAGAUGUUCCUCCACCUUCCCCCACUACAAAUCACAAUGUCAUCUGCGAACAUUAUAGUCCACACGUAUUCCUGUCUGAUCUCAUCUCUAAAUCUGUCCAUCAUACAGCAAACAGCUGAUCCUUGGUUCAACUAUGGAUUUGCUCACUGGUCCGCUGGGCGCCGGCGUUUCAGCCGGUCUGGGUUGCGGACUCCUCCUUGGAUGGCUUCUUCGAGCCCGGUUAGCCCCAGCAUCCCGGAGCUUCAUAAAAGCUGUGGAGAGCGGUGCGGUGGAAGCAAGCGUGAUGGGAGAGGGGGGCGAGUUUAAGAUGGUGCUGGUGGUUCGGAAUGACCUGAAGAUGGGCAAAGGGAAGGUGGCCGCUCAGUGCUCUCACGCUGCUGUGUCAGCAUACAAACAGGUCCAGCGCCGGGACCCGGAGCUGCUCAAACAAUGGGAGUACUGCGGCCAGCCCAAGGUGGUGGUGAAGGCACCCGAUGAGGAAACCCUGGUUGAGUUGCUGAGUCGCGCCAGAGCAGCGGGUCUCACAGUCAGCCUCAUUCAGGAUGCAGGAAGGACUCAAAUCGCUCCUGGGUCUCGCACCGUACUGGGGGUCGGUCCAGGUCCGGCUCAUCUGGUUGACAGCAUCACUGGGGAUCUGAAACUUUACUGAAGUUUUCUUCCUGAAUUUUUUUUUUCCAAUAAAAAAUACAUUUCAGAAGAAAUUGGCUUGUUUUUAUGAAGUUUUGUGCUAAAUGUCUUCAUAGGCAGAGUGUAACAAUAAACUCUUGACUCUGGUUGUUAAAUAUUAAAACAUUUUAAUGC